UUUUAUUAAUAAAAUAUUUAAGGACAUAAAAUCGAUUAAUAUUUUAUAGAUAUAGAUGGAUGAUAUGCAUAUAAAUACAGUUGUUUCAAUUAUUUUGGGCGCUUAACCCUAGAACCGUCUGAAGUAGGGUGGAGAAGCAGAGUUCAUCGGAAAAAUAUGCUUCAGAUCCGUCUUAGCAAGCCAGCAAAUGAGAGUGGCGGGCUGCCUCCUGAAACUGUUACAGUUGCUUGUCCUGAUCAUCUUGUCAUAGCUGAUCUUCCGGUAGCCAAGAGCCUUGGUACAGUAAAUCCUGCAUCUCUGCCCAAAACUGUUGGCCGGAGGUCCCGGCGACAGCUUGCUGAACGAGUACAUUUUUGCAUCUGCUGUGACUUUCCGAUUGCUGUUUAUGGACGUCUGAGUCCAUGUGAACAUAUCUUCUGUUUAGAUUGUGCCAGGACCGACUCUGUCUGCUACCUCUGUGAUGAACGCAUUCAGAAGAUCCAGACAAUAAAAAUGUUGGAAGGGGUCUACAUCUGCGCAGCUCCGCAUUGUUUCAAGUCCUUUCUGAAGGAGACUGAGUUUGAAUCUCAUAUUCAUGAGACUCACAGUGAUCUUCUUCGUUUAGAGAACGAUGGAAACAUUUCAGAAUCUGCCAGUGCUAGAAAGCCUGCAGCAUCUGAAUCUACAGUGCAAGCAGCACCUAGGCCCAUAUUUUCUCCUGGUUCAGGUUCCCAGGCACAUGAUCGCGAAGACAAAGGUCAUCAUUCUCAAACUAGAGACCAACAGCUCCCUAGGCCUUUUAUGCAACAAAAGCCACCUUUCACUGGUUCAAUCCAAAGUCAGCCACUAGAGCAACAGUUUGAUAGUAAUCCUCCUCCAGGCUUUGAAAGGAACAGGUUGCCUCAGCAAGGUUUUGAUGCACAGGGUUCAUUUCCAGUGCACAUGCCCCAACCUCAUGGCUUUGCAGUGCCUGUGAGUUCGAAUCCAGGCUUGGCUCAUCAAUUUGGUUAUCCUCAGUUUGCACCUGAGGGAGCCCAACCAUUUUAUGGUGCUGCUUCACUUGAGAUGCCUAGGCUAGACUCAACUCCUGAAAGGGGAUCAGAACAAGGGUCUUUGCUAGGUUUUCCACCUGGUACUGCAGGAAAUAGGAAUUUUCCAGAAAAUUAUCCUCGACCAUGGAAUAUGGGGCAGUUGGCUGGGCAGUCAAACCUGUCACUUCCGCUGUCAGCCAACAGAGGAUUGGAAGGUGGACAGAGUAGUAAUUCCAUGGACACCAGAGAUAGCAAGGGUAUACUGAUGUCACAACCUGCGUCCCUCCAGCCACCCCUACCUCAUCACAGGUCACAACUCCAAAGAGGGGGCAGAAACUAUUCUGGUGAUUCAAGUCAUGAUGGACAGGGCUAUGGUUGGCAACAUGAGAAACAUGGUAAUUUCAGAAGCAACCAGGACUAGAUAUGUUGUUAUUCGGCCAUCUUUUCUUUUGAAAGAACAGUGCCCAUUUUGUUAUUGCCUACAGACUGCAGUGUAUUUUACUUUGUAAACUAGCAACAAUGUUUUGUUAAAGCUGAAACGGUGGUUUCGCUGACAUUUACCUAGCUUCUUGUUCAAACAGUAGCAUGGAUGUCUUCUGCUUGAGAAGUCAUUCAAGAUUUGCAGCUUCUUCUAAAUUGAGGCCAGAAAUUUACAUAUUUGAAC